ACAAACAUGCCCUAGAUUGGCAUUCUGCCUAAACAUCAGGUAUCCGUCGGGAAUUUUCCCUUUCUAAAAGUAUAGGCUUAUUUUUCAUUCGAAUGGGGGAACACGGUGGAUCUCCUCUUUCGUUCGAAGAGAGGCGGAGCGGCAGCGACCAGAACCAUUUUCCCUCUGGUUCCUCUCUGUUCUUCCAUUCUCUCCACUUUUCCCUCUCUUCUCCCUUCCUCAUUCUCUUCUUCUUCUUCCGUCGAACCUUUCGAAUUGCCAUUUCUACUGGUCAUCGCCCUUGAUCUAGAGAACCAGCGACAGAGACUCAAUAGCGCAAAACCUUCACUAGCAGCAGCAGCUCAACCGUACCACCUCUUGUAUUUCAAGCAGCAUACCUCCGAGGCAUCGCCAUUUUCCCCAAUCCCCUGGUUAGAGUCCAAAUGAAGUGAAUGAUCUGAGACUGAAACAUACUGUGAUCUCCUCUGUGUUCAUCGUUCAUGAAGUGAAACCCAACAUAACAGCCUUCAUUUGAGCUUAACCUACCUUUCUGCUCCAUUAAUCUCUCGAUCAGCAACCGUUCAAUUUCAGGCCAACAUACGGCUCUGAUAUCAGAGCACAUUGAAGAUGCCAUUCUAUAUCUUGAUGCCGGUUGUGUGGAGGCCUUCCAAUUUCUUGGGGCAUUCCCACUGUUACUGGAACUAGGCGUCCGUGCUAUUUGCAGCUUGGAGGGAAUGUCUUCCCUUGACAUUGAAGAGAUGGAUUGCUUCGUAUAAAUGGCAUGGUGGAAGAAAGAGCUGAAGCUGGAGAAGAAGAGAUUUCUACUGGAGGAAUCAAGAAGUAGAGGAGCUACAGUCCUGAAAAUCAGAGAGGACAGCAGGGCAACAGUUUUAUUGGGAUUGGAAGCAGCAGGUUAGCUCAAGGGAUUCAUGGAUGGAGCAAUGCUUACAGUGAAAACUCAGGGAUGGAGGAACAAAUUGUGAGAGAAGGAAAGAAGUUUGAAGCUGAAAAGAAGUAACAAAAAUGGCUGGUUCAUCACACUUACAGAAAGCUUUGGAGGAGGAAGGAAACAGUUGAAUGCAUUCCAGAAGGUAAGGAGAAACAUGGUUGGAUGCUGAUGCCUAAAAUGUUAGAAUAUUUUCUGGUAAGACAAAUGGAACCAAAGAUACCAGAAUGCCCUGAGAGCAAUUCCAAGGAAGAACAAAUAAAAGCAUGAGAGGAAAAGUUUAGUGAGGGGAAAGAAGAUGUUCUGAUUGUCUCCACUUUAGCGGCACCUAAAAUGAUCUCGAGAGGCAAGACAACCAAUUGUGGAAAGAAGAAGAUAGUCUCAAUAAAGCAGAGAAUAACUGAUUGGAAUGAAGUCCUGGAGAUAAUUAUGGAGAAGCUUCAUUUAAAGGAAAGACUGAAGCUUUUCCCCUUUGAUGAAAGAAAGGCAGUUCUGGAUUUGGUGGAAAUCCAAGCUGAAAUUGUGAACUUUGAAUCAAAACUAGGCCUGAUUGCUCUAGAGAACUGGACACCUUCAUGUAAUGAAAAGGAGUUUCCAGAAAGAGCGAUAACUGUCAAGAUCUUGGGGCUGCCAUUCAACCUGUGGCAGGAAAACAUCUUCAAAAAAAUUGCAGGGAUUUGGGGAGGAGUACUGGAGGCCUAUUACUUGCAGGACCUUCAUGUAACAAUGAUGAAGAUUUUUGGAACCCACUAGAGCGUAUACCAUGCUCAAUUGACUUCACAGGUGAGAGGUGGAGAAGAGUUUGGUUGGCUUCGAUAGCCGAAGCCAAUGGUGACCUGGCUAGUAGAGUACCACUUGGAAAUCUUUGGCUGGAGCAAGGAAUGCUUGGGAUGGAGGAGAAUAUUUUGGAAAAUGAAAAGGCGGAACCAAAUGGAUCAGUGGACUGAUUUUCAUAUAAGGCAAGUUUUUUGAAUAAUUUUGAAUCUCAUCCAAUGGUGCCUAAGGGCUCUUACGUGGAGAUCUAAAAAUCUAUUCCCUCUUUGAGUGGUCAAAAUUCAAUUGAAAAAAGGAAGUUGAAAGGCUUGGUUGAAAAUUCUACUGAACUAGACUGGGUUAACUUUGGAGCCAGUUUGGUUUCAAAAGAGUUAUGUGACUCUUUAAAAAUGAUGCGGACCUUUUAUAACGAAUCAUUGGGGGAUGAUAAUCCCCAUCUAUCAUCAUCCCCUUCGACUCUCUCUAGUCCAAGAAGGUUCUUGGUGAAGAAAAGACCCAAAGGAAAGAAGGAAAAAAUCCGGACGUUCUACAACCAUUGUUGAUAGUUAAGAAGGGUUUGAAAGGGAAAACUAAGGACUUGGUAUGGGUAUGGUGCCAAGUGGAUAACUCUACUACCCUAGAGAAGCCCAAUUCGUGCCACAACAGAGAACAUCCAAACGAAGCAGAGUCAGAGGAAGAAAUGGAGUGGGAGGACCUCAGAGUUUUGGAAGACGAAGAUGUGGAACAACCUUCGAGCAUUGGUAGCAUCUUUACUACAAAAGGAUGCAAACAUUUGGAAUUUGAACAGAUGGGUACUGGGCUUCUAUUUGAAGAAACUAUGGCUACGGAAAUUCUUGAGUUGAAGGAAGGGGAGGUGGACGAAUGUACCAUGAAUUUUGGUGAGAACUCAGACGAACUAAAUGGAGAAGGGACCAUAGAAACAAAUCAAGCAGAAGCACAUGGCGCACCAGAGUGUCUCUGGGAAAGAUUUGUCGCCUAGAUAUAAUCUAGUCAUAAUCCAUCCUCCAGAUGUAGACAGUGACCUGAGUGCCUUUGAAAAGGGGGAAAGGGAAGAAUUAGUGGCAGAAGAGGAGAAGGUGGUCAACUGGAAGUCAAAUUUCAACCCUGUAAAGAAAAUAGUGGUCAUCACAUCACGUCUUCUGAGUGAUGCACAUCGGUAUAUACUGCGUUGUCUGACGACUCACCAAACUGUUCUUCAUUGUACUAUACUAACAUCCAUGUCAGAGAUAUCCCACUCAUGUGAUGCUAAUUCACCUCUGGGACCAGAUGCUUUUCGUGAGUAUGAAUCCUUGCUUCUCCAAGAUUAUGAAGAGCUUGUCAGGAAAUUUGAAACAAGGGCACAUGGUUCAUCUGUUCUUGGUGAAUUUACACAGUCAGAAAAAGGCUGUUUUCCAGAAAGAUUGCAUUUGGAAGAUGAGGGCUGGUCACAAUUUGCUUUUGGUGAAGAGGAGAUUGUUGGUCCUGAAGAUAGUUCCAGUGGUAGAGAUUUAAAAGAGGGUUAUUCUAUGAAUUAUUCAGGAGAGAGAUGGCACAGAUUGGUUGUGUCUGUGCAACACUUCCCGAUGAUAUUAUGUCCUCUUUCAUCUAGAGUCUUUGUUUUACCUUCAGAGGGAACAGUCGCUGAAGCAUGCUUAUCGAAUGAACAUGAAGACUCUCUUAGCCCUGGGUUGCCUCCCAUUAGUUAUGGAUUAUCCUCAGACAGUGAUGAAGCUCCUCCUGGGGCAACUCUUACAGCACAUUUUCUUUACUAUCUGGCUGCCAAGAUGGAUCUGAAGAUGGAAAUAUUUUCUCUCGGUGUACUGUCAAAUACUAUUGGCAAGAUUUUGACAGACAUGUCUAGUCUUUAUGAUGUGGGGAGGCGCAAACGCUCGGCAGGUUUGUUACUGGUUGACCGAACACUUGACCUUGUUACUCCAUGUUGUCAUGGGGAUUCACUAGUUGACCGAAUGUUCUCAUCGUUGCCCCAUAAUAGAAGAACAUCUUCCAUGCAAAUGAAAGGCUCACAAAUCCAAGACAAAUGCAUCCAAGCUAGUUUACAGCGUACUCCCCUUGAUGUUCAGAUACCACUUGGGCAAUUUCUUAGCAAAGAACCCGAGAUUAAUAACUCUAGACUAAUGGAGAGCAUUGAAGCUUUUCUAUGUGGUUGGAAUACUAGUAAAUCUGGAUCUCAAACCAUUGAUAUUACUGAUCUUACCAGUAAAUCCCAUGCUGGAAAUUUCACAUAUUCUGUGGUUGAGAUGCUUAAUGGGUCUUUUGUCUCCUCUGAGAAUUAUCUGGGUGCAUGCUACUUGGAAGCUAUACUGGAUAGAAGAACAAAAGAAGGAAUCUUGCUGAUAAAGAAAUGGCUCCAGGAAAUAAUACGUCAGAAAAGAGUAUCUGCAAAUAUGAAAACACGCCCUGGUUUUACUUCAACCUCAGAGUUGUGCUAUAUGGUUCGAGCAUUAGCUGAGAACCAAUUAUCUCUAAUGAGAAACAGAGGAAUUAUUCAGUUAGCAGCUGCUUCAGAGUUUGCACUGAGUGAACCAUAUAGCUCCCGUUGGGAUGCAUUUGUCAGUGCUGAGAAGAUAUUGAGUAUAAGUGCUGGAGACACAAGUCAGAGUCUUUCUGCGCAGAUUGGUGAUAUCAUCAACAAGAGUGUUUUACUGACAUCAAAUGAACAGAAUAAUCAAAGCAUGGAAUCUUCUAGAAGUCUUCUUUCUUUUCAGGAUGCAUUGCUCCUUGCAAUUAUUGGUUAUAUUUUGGCUGGUGAGAAUUUUCCGACAUCUGGGUCUGGUGGACCCUUUUCUUGGCAAGAGGAGCAUUUCUUAAAGGAAUCCAUUGUGGAAGCAAUCAUUGAAAACCCUGUAGCUGCAAAAUUGAAGUUUCUCCAUGGCAUUGAAGAGGAACUUGAGGCCAACUUCAACAAGAUCAAGUCUGAGAAGCCCAAGGGAGAGCCGUCAGAUCAAUCAGCAAAUGACGAUUUUGAUGAUGAGCAGUGGGGUAACUGGGGUGAUGAAGAUAUAGAUACUAAUAGUGAACAAGUGUACGGUGAUAUGCAACUUAAGUUGGAAUUACGAGAUAGGGUAGAUAAUCUUUUUAAACUCUUUCACAAAUUGUCCAAUUUGAAGAGGAAGAAUAAGGCACUGAGAGAAGGGCCACUAGCCUUAGAAAGUAACUAUGGCGGAAACAUGUCUAGAGGAUUGCUUUAUAAACUUCUAACCAUUGUCCUGGGCAAGCAUGAUAUACCUGGAUUAGAGUAUCAUUCCUCUACGGUUGGACGACUUUUUAAAAGUGGAUUUGGCAGAUUUGGUCUUGGACAAGCAAAACCAAGUCUUGGAGAUCAGAACAUUAUUUUGGUUUUUGUUGUAGGGGGCAUCAAUGGUCAUGAGGUACAUGAAGCUCAGGAGGCACUAUCCGAAAGCGGGAGGCCAGAUAUAGAAUUGAUUCUUGGCGGUACAACUCUUUUAACCCCUGAUGACAUGCUUGAUUUGCUAUUGGGGUCGUCUAGCUACAUGUAACAUCUUGUAAUAUUAUUAGAAAGGAAAGGGAAAUGAAAAGGAAUGAGGAAUAUAGUAUAUUAGUAUUUGUUUUCCAUUAUUUGGUGUAUAAUAUUUCAUAUUUUCAUGUGAUACAUGUUCAUUGAUUCUUUCCUGUGAUCAUUCAACCAAGUAAAUGAUAUAUUCA